CCGGCGCUGCCGGAAGCGCGGCCGGAAGCGCGGGCUGCGCGCUGCUCGGGUCCCGCCGCCGGCGGAGCGGGCCCGUGGGGCGGCACUGCCAUGGCCCUGGCCAUGCCGCUGCUCGAGCCGCCCUGGCCGCCCGGCCUGGCCCCGCUCAAGGCCGUGGAUGACUUGCUGCGCUGCGGGAUUUGCUUCGACUACUUCAGCAUCGCCGUGAUCAUCCCGCAGUGCUCGCACAGCUAUUGUUCCCUUUGUAUCCGCAAGUCUUUGUCCUACAAAACACAGUGUCCCACAUGCUGUGUGGCAGUCUCAGAAUCUGACCUGAAAAACAACCGGAUUUUAGAUGAUCUAGUGAAGAGCUUUAAUUCUGCAAGGCAGCAGCUGUUGCAGUUGGUGUUGGAAGCUCCCCCGGUUCCAUCCCCACCAGCCCACAGCCAGUGUCCAGCCCAGAGCCACUGGAGUCCUGGUUCUCAGCCAGAGUCUGAAGAGGUGCCAGGCACUGACAGCUCCUUAAGCAAGGACAAAGUCUGCACCUCCACGAAGGCAGGUGGCCUGGCAUGGACUGGCCAGAAGAGUUUCAAGACUGAGGAACACCAUGACCUGCACAGCCCUUCUGCAGAGGCUGGUGGUAAAGACAGCAAAGCGAUUUCACAAGAGAUUCCUGGGUGCACCCAAAGCCAUGAAAAGCCUUCUACAUCUGUGCUCAAAGGAGUCAGGAAAGUGGAAUGUCCUGUUUGUGAGGUUGCUAUUCUAGAGCAAUAUAUAAACAAACAUCUGGACAGCUGCUUGACCAGAGGGGAGAAGAAGGACAGCCUGCGAAGUUCUGACCACAAGAGGAAGCUGAUGUCCAAAGUUGUCUAUAACCUGCUGUCGGAUCGAGAUCUGAGGAAGAAGCUCAAGGAGCAUGGUCUGUCCACCUCUGGGACCCGCCAGCAGCUCAUCAAGAGACACCAGGAGUUUGUGCACAUGUACAAUGCUCAGUGUGACUCCCUGCACCCCAAGUCUGUUGCAGAGGUUGUUAAAGAGCUGGAAAAGAACGAGAAGGUUCGGGUUCAGCUGGAAUGUAAUAAACCUGGUGAAAAUAGCUUGACCUUCACAAAGGACCAGACAGAGGAAGAAAUAGAUGAGAUCCACACUGAAUAUCGAAACAAACACAGAAGUGAAUUCAAGUUCUUGGUGGAUCAAGUAAAUAAACGGUGGAAGAAAACGGGUGAGGGGAAAGCAGAAAGUGCUCAAAACAAAGAGGAAGUUGCUGUCAAGGAGCUGCCAGCAGCCUCAGAACCUGGGGAAGAGGAUCCCACAGCUGGAAAAGCUCAAGCACUCCAGCCAGAAAUCCCUGAUGGCCCAAGAAGUGAAUCUGAUGGCUUGAAGGAAUGGCAGAGAUCAGCCUCUCCUGAGUUCUCACUGUCAUCUGGCUCUACAUGCAGGACCAGACUUUGCUGCCUGUUUCCACUGACUUGCAUGGGAGGGAGCAUGCAGUGAAUAUUUGUCAGUAAACAGCAAUCUGCUGCCAGGCAAGCGCUGGGGAGGCAGGAGGGGUCGUUGUUGCCCUUUCAGAGUAUCCCUGCAUUUCUGUUUGACUUCAGAGCUGCCUUAUAGGCCAGUAAAGCCCUUCCCCUCCUGUGGCCUUUCCCCUCUGUGCCCUCUGAGUCUUUCUGCCUGAACUGGUACUGUAAAAUUGAUAAAGGCAACAGAUCAGUUUAUUUGCUGUUCAGUGUGUAAGAAGCCUUUAAGGUGAGCAGUGCUGUGAAGGGGCAGGAGGGCUGCUGGCAGUGCCCAGGUCCUGGGCAGGUCUGUGGGGUCCUGCUGUGCCCACGGGGCAGCUUUGGACUGUGCAGUUCCCUCCAGGACUGCAGCUCUUCCUCCCAGCCUGCUGCUCCCUCAGGGCUCUGUGUGCCAAGGGCCCUGGGUGGUGGCAGCACUGCCAGGGGCUGGAACACCACUGUAGUCAUUCCAACUGCAUGAAAAAAAGACAUUUUAUCACUGUCUUACCAUGGGGCUGGGAUUUUGUUAAUUGUAGUGAAAUAAAUCCAGCAGAAAUCAAACAAGGAUGAUUUAGAUGUUGAUGGUUUUAGUAGUAUUGUGGUAUUGGAUCAGGUAAUGGGUUUCUGAGGCUUGUGUUUUUCUGAUAACGAGAGGGUAUCCUUUGCCAAGAGUAAAUGUUUUUCACAUUGAAAUGCCAAAACUGGAAAUAUAUUUGGAAUUCCAAAUCUGCAUGCUGUGUUCCUGUGAGGAGGGCACUUCUAAAUGGAGGGCUGUUGUAUUGAUGAAUUAGAACAAAAGGAGGAUGUUGAGUAGCAUAUAGAAUGUAACAGAACAAUCCACAAGUCAGAGUUGAAAUGUUUGUUCUGCAAAAAGAUGCUGCAAAGAAAUCGGUGAUUCUUCUGUUUUCUCCUUCAUAAGGUUUGUCCCUUUCAGUUUCAUGUCAAUACUUGCUAAGGGAGUAGUUGGUCAAGAUUAGAAAUUCAUCCAUUGUACACUAAUCUCUGAUGAACUGAUAUUAUUCAAAGGUCCGUGCUAAAACGGAAGAAAUGAGAAUUUCAUUCCUGCUGGAGAAAAGAUCCAGGCCAGGCGUGGAGGUUGUAGCAGUGCCCCAAACAUGCUUGGGCUCUAGAGAGAUUGAUGAUCCCACCAAGAGAGCAAACUGUGUGUUACAGAUAAGCACCAAAACACAGCCAUGGCUUUGAAAGGGUAAUUUUUCAAAGCUCUGAAGUCACAGUUGCACAGGGCUUCCACAGGACUGCAGUGCUCCAUAGGAAUAGUCCUGUGGAAUUCUUUGACUUUCUGGGACUGAAGCCAGAGAUUAUGCAACUGCUUAAACAAUAGGAAAAUUAGAAAAUAAAUUAGGAGGAACAAUGAUAAGCCAGUUAAUGAGCUAUGUAAAGGAAAUAUUCCAUUAUAAGUAUUUUAUAUAAUGGGGUUAAUAUGCAGUUCUUUAAGCAAAUUAUUUUUUCUUAAAACUGUGUUCAGCACAAGUGUCAGUUCUUGAUGACUAGAGUGAGACCUGAGCAGCACACAAGGCCCAACAGUGGCCGUGUCUGAGAUGCUGAAACACAGUCAGAAUUUUGAAAUCCUGGUGGGAAAGUGCAGUGUCCACAGCCUGUAUAAACCCCUGUGCUGUUGGAAUACCCAGCGUGGCUGCAGUGUCUGCCAGGGGGGGUUCAUGCCCGAGGAAGGGGCCCCAUUUGCAAUAAAUGGGGCUGUUUGGCAGGGAGUUUGGGAGUGUCGUGGUUUGAAAGGAAAUGAAGUUUUUUGUGAUGGUGUGGGCAAUCCAAUCAGUGUUCAGAUUUAAUAUUGGCACCUGGUUUGUCCACUGAGGGCAGGAUACGCCUCUGAGAACACAGGGGUUAAAAGCUGUGAUCUCCCAGGGGAACUUGCUCUUGGAGUCCCGCUGGAGAGUGAGCAGACCCCCCCCCUGCCCAGAUCUGGCUGGGCAGGGGGGGAGGGGAGCCAUGUGGCCGGAGAGAGAGGUAGGCCAGGCCUGGGCCCAAGGGUGGAGGAGAACAUUGCAAGGGCUUCGGGCAGCCAUCCUCCAUUCCCCCCCCCCCCCCCCCGGAGAGGGAGAGAGAGAGACAGAGCCGGUGCCUGUGGUGGCUGUGAUAAUGGCCCGGCGUGAAGGAGAAGGGGGGGGUGCCCAGCAGGGCAGACAGGCGUGGGAGUUGACGAAGUAAACCGGCAGAGAGAGAGAGCUCGGGACUUUUAACCCCUCUGAGGAAGAUGAGAACCUUGCAAAAGCUGAGUCCUCCUGAAGUUGAUGAGAUUGAGAAGCUGUUGAAAUUGAGAAGAUGUUAAGAAAAUUCUAGGUGGGAGGAGAUGAUGGAGUGGCUUUGGGCUGGACUUUUCUUGUGUAGCCACAGCAGAACCACGGGUGUUUCUGUGCCACAGAGACUGCGUUCUAGGGGGAGGCGAUGGCUCAGAGCCAAGAGAGUGCAGUGAUGUGGAGGAGUGAACAGAGACGACGGGUGAGGAGGGUGUGGUGGUGCCCUCCGUCUCGAAGAAGAGAAGAAGACGAUCUCUGUUCAAGAGACCCUCGGCCCCAGGGGGUGAAAUUUGGGGGGGACAGGUGUCCCAAAAAGAGAAGGACUGUGCUCCCUUUGGAACUGGUCAAAGUAUCCUUAAAAUGGAAAACCCUAGAAGCAGCUCUGAUCCAUGUGCAGUGGUGAGAGCACUGGACAUGGAAGGCGUGUGGCGCAAGAGGGACUCCUCUCUCCUCGAGAGACUGAGAAUCAAUUGUCUGAAGGGUGGCAAUGAAAUUGGAAAUUUGGUGGGGGAGGAGGAAGAAUUUUGGAAGGUUUUCAUCUUAUGUUCUAUUGUGUUUUGUGUGUCUUCCUUUGUAGUUGUAGGUUAAUAAAUGUUUUUUUUCCUUUUAACCUUAA